CCAAACCAAACCAAGUCUUAAGUCUCAUCAAAUGAGGUCGGUUAUAUGAAUAACAAAAUUCGAGGGGAUGGAUAUUGUUUCAAGGAAAGAGACAUUGUAAUGCAACUUCAAGCAAUAUGUCUUUCUUCAUCUUCUAUUACAGAAACUCUGCCCCGACAAUUUCUCGAGACUAUGAACAUAUUCAUGUUACAUUGAAAAACUUAGCCCAAAUCAAUUAAAUAGCAUUUUAUUAAUCAAUUAAUAUUGAGCAGGAAUAUAAGUUAACUGUUCUUGAAUUUUAUUGUUCACUGAAUAAAUCAGUUGUUUUGAGAAAGUAAUCAUAGGCAUAGCCUCUUGUAUUCUUGACCAUCAAGAAUUCAUGAGGUGUUGGAUAACGUCAUUGAAUCUCCUUCCAGUUGCUUGCUGCGAAAACCACAUUGGAAUUCACAUAAACAUCAUUUGACCAAAGUUGCUAUUUUCUAAUACCCACCAAUUGAAUACUUGUCAAGUAAAUACAUAUAAUCUUGGUGGCCAAGAAACUCCUAGUAUGGCUCCUCUAUAAGAAGCCACCAAGUCCAUGAAUAAAAAACCAACCUCAAACUUAAAAGAGCUAAGAAUUUCUAAAAUGGCUGAACAAGUGAAGUUGUUGGGACAUUGGGCAAGUCCUUUUAAUUGCAGAAUUGAGACAGCCCUGAAAUUGAAGGGCGUCCAAUACGAAUUCAUCCAAGAAGAUCUCCAAAACAAGAGUCCUCUUCUUCUCAAGUGCAACCCCAUUCACAAGAAGAUUCCAGUGCUCUUACACAAUGGAAAGCCCAUUUGUGAGUCACUUGUCAUUCUUGAGUACAUUGAUGAGACCUGGAAAGGCACUCCGAUCUUCCCUGAAGAUCCUCAUGAGAGAGCCAUAGGGCGUUUCUGGGCCAACUUCAUAGAUGAGAAGUGCUUGCCUGCAAUAAAGAAGGCUUUUUUUACCAAAGACGAUAAGGCCAUUGAAGAAGCAAGUGAGCUCCUGAAAACAUUGGAAGCCCAACUGAAUGAUAACAAGUUUUUUCGAGGAGACAACGUCGGUCUGGUAGACAUUGUCGCAAACUUGUUUGGAUAUUGGGUAGGAGUGAUUCAGGAAGCAAUGGGUGUAGAGUUGUUGACAGAAGAGAAAUUUCCCAGACUCCGCAAAUGCAUCGAUGAGUAUGACAAUUGCAAUGUCAUCAAAGAAUGUCUGCCUCCCAGAGAAAAACUACUUGCCUUUGCCAAAGUUACUUACAAGCCAAGCCAACCAACUAAUUAGUUUUUUUUUUAUAAUUAUCUAUGCUGCAAAAUAAAAAUAUGCAGUUUCGAACUGCAGACCGGUCUUCUUUUCUAUGUAUUACUCGUUCUUGUGUUUUGUGUUGCGAGUAAAUAGAAGUACUUUUGUUAAAUUUCUUGUG